UGCCAUGCAACCGUUGACGUCUUUUUGGACGUCGUUCAUUGAUAAGGCGCUACAACACUAUCAGAAACAGUGAGCCAGAGAAAUUUUGCGCUAUAUUUACAAAUCUUUUUGUUUAAGUUACGUGUUUGAAGCAAUAAUGAAACCGUCCUUGGACUCUGACGAGGAGGAGGAAUUAGGAGCAUUUCAGAAGACUCUGAGAGAGCGAGCUAACCGCAGCAUCCAGCACCUCUCCAGCAUGUUGGCCAGCCACAGCUCUGACUCUGAGUGUUCAGAAGCAAAGCAGCAGCAGGAGAAGCUCAGCCCUCUGCUGCUAAACCCUCCUCCACCAGUUCAACAGAGCGAAGCAGUCAAUCAGCUGCGUUCCUUACUUCAAAAGCAGUCCAAAGAUUCAAAUGUUGCAUCCCCUUCUCCUUCCAAGAGGAAAUUAACUGGAAAGCAAAGAGCCACAGAUGAGAGUAAUAGCAGUUUGCCUGGUGUUCACGACUUGGUUCCCAUCAUCCACAAUCAGUCUGAGUACAUUCAACACCUGGAGGCUGAGGUCAAGUUCUGCAAGGAUGAACUCCUCGGAAUGAAACAGAGAGUGAGAGUGGUGAUUGUGGAGAAUGAGAAACUACACGAGGAGCUGAAAGCAAAGGCAGUUGAAGAAACUCUUAAAGAAUACACAUUUGUAGACAGCACAUUAAACGUGGAGCGCACACCAGACACAACUUCAAAGCAAAGACUUGACUCCAUUAAUCAAGCUGAGGACCUCAAAUGGAAGAAAGAAAUGGAGCAGCUGAAGUGUCUUUAUCAAGCACAAACUGAGACCCUGGAGGCUCAAGUGGUCUCCCUGAAGAAAGACUUGGCGAGCAUUCAGAAGGAAUAUGAGGAAACGAAAGAACGACUGAGGCACAAAGAAGCAAUGGCUGUGGCGGCGGGCAGUGGUCAGCGUGUGGGUGGUCUGUGUCUGAAGUGUGCCCAGCAUGAAGCAGUCCUGGCAGAGACACACUCUAAUGUUCAUGUACAGAGCAUUGAAAGACUUACUAAAGAGCGGGAUGAGCUGAUGACCGUUCUCUGCUCUCUGAGAGCCAGUCAGACUGAGACCCAGCAGAGAGAGUGGGCCGCCUAUCAGCAGGUCAAACAGGCGGUGGAGAUGGCAGAAGAGGCAAACCUGGAGAAGACAAGAGCGCUGGUGCAGUGUGAGCACUUCCACAAUGAGCUGACUAGACAGAGGGAGAGGCUGGAGAGAGAGCUGGCAUCUGAACAGGAGAAGAUCUCCCAGGCCAGGGAGGCAGCACGACUAGAGAGCAAGAAAGAGAAAGAAGAGCUCGUCCAGACUGUGUCCAGUCUCUCUCAGAGAGUGGCUGAAUUGGAGGGUCUGCUGGAGAGGGGAGAGAGAGACCGGAACUCACUCAAUGGCCAGCUGGAGGAAGCUUAUAAGAAGCUCACAGCACAGGAAACGGAAAGCAGCAAGGUGUGUGCGGAGCUGCGUUUUCUGUUGAGCCAGGCCCAGCUGAAGAAAGAGGAGUCAGAGAGAGGGGUGAGAGACAUCAGCUCCAAACUGGGACGUCAGCUAGAACUGGCAGAGCAGGAAGUACAGAAGUUGGGUGUGGAGCUGAACGGUUGCCGGCAGCGUUUGGAGGAGGCCCAGAGGGCAGAGGGCCGAGCUCGGGCGGAGGCAGCCGGCCUGGCUGAGGGGCUAAGCCGCGCCCAACGCCAACUGCACCUCACCAGGCAGGAGAAGGAGGCGGUAGAGCGCUGCUGUGGAGAGGACAUGGCCGCUCUGACCUUCCAGGCACAGCGGCGCGAACGUGAGCUGACACAGACGAUCCAGCAAAUGGAGGCGCAGCACGAGAGGAGUGUCAGAGAAACAGAUGCUCUUCUGAGUGCUCAGAACAGCCUGAUCGGGAAACUGAAGGAAGAGUGUCAGACGCUCGGGGCAAAGCUGGAGGAACUGGCCCAGAGCAGCAGAGCGGAGAUCGAGGAGUUGUCUCUGGAGAAAGAGCACCUGCAGGAGAGCGCUGAGAAACUUCGAGGUCGUUGUGAAGAGAUGGAAGAGCAGUGUGUGCAACACGGGAGGAUGCACCAGCGCAUGAAGCAGAGACUGCAGCAGCUGGACCAGCACUGUCAGGCCAGUUCCCAGCAAGUGCUUCAGCUCCUCAGCCGACAGAAGCAGCUCAUGCAGGAGCGCCAGCAGCUCGCUCACGACGUGCACCACCUGCAAGCCCAGUAAAAUGUGACCUGCAUCCACAGAGAGAGAGAGAGAGAGUAGUGCACACAAGCAGCACAGCAGCUGGUAGCCAUGGCUGCACAUCACGCUAGACUAGGCACCCACAGAUGCUCAUCCAGAUUGCUGCUAGAGGCACGUCAGCAACAGACAGCGAAUCGCCGAAUGCUGACAUUCGUUGGAGAUUAUUGCAAAUGGAGUGAUGCUCCGCAAAGCGCGGCCGCUUUCGGCUCUGUUAAUACUACCAUGCUGUUGUUUUGUUAUUAGAGCGAGUUAGUAAUUCAGACUCUCCCUCUGAGCAUUUGUGUAAGAACACCCACAUGCUGACCGCUCAGACUGCGUCCUGCUCGCGCUCACAGCUCAUUAUACAAGGCCAAUUAGGAAUUAUACUAGGCUGUUUGAAAUAAAUGAAAGCGUUGUAUGAGACAGAAGACAGAAGUGUGGUUCAUUCCUCUUCUGUCGAGAUGAUUAGAGUAGUUUGCAGUACUUGUCAACAUGGUGGUGUUGGGUUUCUUUCUGAGGCUCCAUUAUGGUUGUCCUGUGUGUGUCACU